AUGACCAAUGUAUUUGGUGUUCAAGUAUUCUUCAUUGUCUUUCGAGAAUGUCUCGAAGCAAUCAUUAUUAUCUCAGUGUUGUUUUCAUUCCUCAAGCAGUGUCUGGGUCAACCUGACCAGGAUUCGCUCCUUUACAAACGGCUGAAACGACAGGUAUGGGCGGGCUCGCUUUCAGGUAUCCUCAUAGCCUUGAUCAUCGGCGGUGCCUUUAUCGGUGUCUUCUACGGUCUAGGGCAUGAUCUAUGGGCUCAGUCUGAGGACUUGUGGGAAGGUAUCUUCUACCUAAUAGCCAGCAUCAUUAUUACCAUUAUGGAGCUGGCGAUUCUUCGAAUCAAUAAGUCCAAGGAGAAGUGGCGAGUCAAGAUCGCAGAAGCUCUAGUUGCUAGAAGUAAAGACCAAGAUGCUGCUUCGAGACUCGGUAAUUGGUCUCGCAGAUACGCCAUGUUCAUUCUCCCUUUCAUCACCACUCUACGCGAGGGCCUCGAAGCAGUGGUAUUUGUCGGUGGUGUCUCACUAGGCCUGCCAGCCACUGCUUUCCCCAUCCCCGUCAUCACGGGCAUUCUAUCUGGCCUUCUCGUCGGUUUUCUUAUCUACCGUGGGGGCAACCAGAUGACUAUCCAGUACUUCCUUAUCGCCUCGACCUGUGUACUGUAUCUGAUAGCAGCUGGGAUGUUCUCCAAGGCUAUCUGGAGCUUGCAAUUCUGGAAUUUCCAGCGGAAAGUUGGUAGCGAUGUCGCCGAGGCUGGAGACGGGCCGGGCUCGUAUAACAUCGAUCAGACCGUUUGGCAUGUCAACUGUUGUAACCCGGAGCGCGACCACGGGUGGGAUGUAUUUAACGCGAUCCUAGGUUGGCAAAACACUGGAACCUACGGCUCAGUCAUCUCCUAUAACAUCUACUGGCUCUUCAUCAUUGUGGCUAUCUGCUUCAUGUUGUAUGAGGAGCGCGCUGGGGAAAUCCCUCUGCGCAAGCCUUUUUUCAGGGUUGAGGCCAGGAUACCUGGGUUCAGAAGGUUUGCUGCUCGCAAACUAGGCCCGAAGAAAAAUGCGGAGCAGAUAGUCGGCCAGAUAAAUACCGGCACUUUCACCCAUGGACUCUGA